AUGAGCACAGUCACAAUGAGUGCAUCUUCUGAUCAAGAUAUACACAGUAGAGGAAGACAGAGGUCUCACUCCUACUAUUGCUCAGAGGACAGUAGAGACUAUGGUCUGCAGUCACAGAGAGAGGAAACCAGACCAAGAUCAAGGUCGUUUUACAGCUAUGAAACAUCUGAGUUGUUUUCCAGUAGUGACAUUGGAAUUGUUAAUCGACCCAGUCCGCUGAGACAAAGAGCAAGUUCGUUACUGUUUGUAGUUAAUAAGACAAACAAACAAAAAGAAGACUGCACCGCACAAAGUCAACACAAGAAGCAGAGACUUAAACAAAGUAAAGCAGCAAAAGAUAGUACAACAUCUAUGAUGACAAUAUCUGAGGCUGACAACUGGAAAAUCUGCUGCAACUCGGGGAUGAAGUAUGGGCAAUUUGUGGAUUGGGAAAAGAUUGAUCCUGAAGCCGCAAAGAAAUACCAGAUGAUCGUACAGAGCGAUCACCAGCAACUGAAGGCUUUGGGCAGACAGGGCUACUGGGAAAUGCCACAUACUUUACGAGCCAAAUCCUACUAUCACAUAAUACACAGCAUCAACUCGAGUAUAAAAACGGUGCAUCCAGGGCGAAAUGUGUAUUAUGAACUGACCAAAAAACUCUUUGGAGAACAGAAAGUGAGCUCACACCCUGCUCCUGAGUAUAUGGAGGAUGCAGAAAUACCCAGAUACUGCCUAAACAAAGCUGGCCUGAACUCUGUCAAAAAGAUUCUCAUUUGUCUCGGCAAGUACUUCCCGGAUAUGAACUACUGCCCCAUCCUGCCAGCUUUAGUCUCGCUCAUUCUCCACUUCAGCAUGGAUGAAGCCGAGUGUUUCUAUAGUGUGGCCCGCCUCAUCUGUUACACCGACCCCAACAAACGCUACAUCGACCAGACAUUCCUCACAUACCGAGCUUCCUGUAUGACCUUUGGUGAUCUUGCCAACAAGUGCUGCCGUGGCAUUCGUAAAUUAAUUGCGAGUUCACAUCAAAACCUCUUUGAGUUUUACUCUGACUGGAUCAUGUGGAUAUUUGCGGACCUCCCAUUCAUCUACGCCAUCAGAGUUUUAGAUGUUUACCUGCUAGAGGGAUUCAAAGUCCUGUACAGGGUUGCUUUGGCUCUUCUUGGUCUCUACAAAGUGUCAGUUUCAUCCCGAGUGGCAGAUGUGGAGGACUUCAGGACUGACAUGAAGAGAUUUGUGCAGAAUGUUGCUCGCCACUGCACCCCCGAGGAUCUCCUGAAUAAAUCUUUCCAAAUCCCAAUGGCCACGCGGCGAGAGCUCAACCUUCUCUUUAACGCCAAUAAGGACUCUUUGAUGCAGAAAGGUGUGAGCUCCCAUCAGAAGAGGCAAUCUGUGGAGAGUGUGGACUUCACCAACUUCAGCUCGAGUGUGGUCACAGGAACCGAGAUGCAGGUGGUGUGGGCGUGGAUCCCAGAGCGCUUUGCAUUGUUCAGUCCCAUCCGGCUCUACAGCACCACAGAGCACCAGAGGAGCCUGGCCUCAUUUUAUUCUCACGUGGAAGGACAUGAGCCUGCAGUUCUUUUGAUCAAAACAGUGGAUGAAGAGGUCUUUGGUGCUUUUCUAUCUACAGAUGUGAUUGAAAGGCGAAAACAUGAAAACCUAACAUAUUUCGGAACUGGAGAAUGCUUUGUUUUCACGCUUCGUCCCAGUAUGGAACGCUACCAGCAGGCAUUGAUAAACAUAAUGACAAGAUUAGUUUUAGGGCAGCAGAAUGAGCCAUACCCCAGUGGCUCUGCACUGUCUAUUAGCAGCAGCGCCAGCACCAUUAAUGGAGCUAGUCUAACAUGUCCAGUGGGAACUCCUCAGGACCCGAGUUUUCUCACUGUCCCCUUCACUGCACAGUCAACCACCUCUCCAUCUGCUAAGCAGCCCAAGAGAGCCAAAGAACAAGAGGCCUCCAUGUUCAUCGCUGGAAAUGAGAGCCAGCUGGUGAUUGGAGGUGAUGGGGGACAUGCCCUGUGCGUACAGCAGAACCUGCAUGAAGGAUACUCUGAAUGUUGUGAAACCUUCAAGAGUGCACCUUUAAGCAAAGGACACUUUAAAAUCCAAUCGGAGGAGUCCUGUUUGCACAUUUAUUCUAAAUGGUGCGUUGUCAUGGGCCCUGAAACUACAUCUAUGCUGACUAAGAGCGUUCCAGGUGAAGUGUCUGAUCCCAUCAAGACUGAAGUCAAAUCUGAAGAUGAUGACUAUGAACUAAGUGGACAGUACAUUGCCUCUGGACAAGUGAACUUCAUGGGAUUUAAGGCUGAUGUAAUAAUUUGGGACUAUGAACAGCGCAAUAUAUAUGCCCAGCUUUCACUCCACAUGGCUAAAGUGGAAGCACUGUCAUUUUCACCCAAUAACAAAUAUCUUGUGUCUCUUGGUGGUGUGGAUGAUGGGAGCAUUGUAGUCUGGGACAUUGAAACAAAACAAGCCAUUUGUGGAAGUCCUGCUUCACCCCACAGCGCCGGACCCUGUCUUACAGUGAAGUAUUCAAAUCAUAACGAUCACCUUUUUGUGUCUGCUGGAAGUGGGACGUUGCGUGUUUGGGAGCUGGAUAUUCCUAACAGGAAAAUCCGACCCUUAGACUGUCAGAUGGGCAAAUUUAAACGAAUAGUCAAAUGCAUAGAGAUAACAGAUGAUGAUAGAUAUGUCCUGUGUGGCACCACCAGUGGAGACAUAAUGAGAGUGAACAUGAAAAGCAGCUUUCUUUCUGACUGUGGGCCUGUUAAAACUAAAUAUAGUUUGGGUGUAACUGCUCUAAGUCUUUUGAACUCAGGACAUAUACUUGUUGGUUCCGGUUCGGGAACUUUCACUCUGUGUUCAAGUACAAACUUUAAGAUUGUAAAGCGUGUGGAGCUAGAGAAAGGGGUCACCUCCAUUGCUUUAGGAGGAGAAGGCCAGCAGUUCUUUGUUGGAACAGAUUCUGCACAGAUUUAUCGCUUCUCUUGUGAGAACUUUAAGGCAGAGCUCAUUUCCACCAGCCACAAUAGUGCUGUUAAAGACGUGGCUAUAUCAUCUGGCUCUUCAGAGCUGUUUGCAACAUGCUCUCUAGAAGACAUUCGAUUAUGGCACAUCAACAGACCCAAAGAACUGCUGCGUAUCACUGUUCCUAACAUGACUUGCAAUUCCAUUGAUUUCAUGAUUGACGGACAUAGCAUCAUCAGCGCGUGGAAUGAUGGAAAGAUUCGAGUUUUUGCUCCUGCCAGUGGCACUCUCAUGAUAACCAUUGACAACGCUCACAAACUGGGCGUUACAGCCAUUGCAGGCACCAGAGAUUGUAGAAGGAUUGUAAGUGGUGGAGGAGAAGGACAGGUGAGAAUUUGGGAACUUCUGUCAAGUAGCCACCGAAUGCUCGGGUCCAUGAAAGAGCACAAAGACACUGUUACUUGUAUUCAAAUAAGGAGUGAUGACAAAGAGUGUGUGAGUGCAGGUUCUGAUGGAGCCUGCAUCAUUUGGGACUUAGAGCGUUUUGUAAGUCUUCAAACUGUGAUUGCCAACACCUUUUUUCAAGCUGUUUCUUACCACCCAGAGGAAUACCAGAUCCUCACGAGUGGAACUGAUAGAAAGAUUACAUAUUGGAAUGUUUAUGAUGGCUCGCCCAUUAGAGAAAUGGAGGGAUCCCACUCAGGAGCCAUUAAUGGUGUUCACAUUACUCAAGAUGGAAAAUAUUUUGUCACAGGAGGUGAUGAAAAGUUGGUCAAGAUAUGGGACUAUGUGAAAGGAAUCGUAACUCACACUGGCAAAGCACAUGGAGGUAGUAUUACAAGUGUCAAAGUCUGCAACAACAGCCGCAUCCUGAUCAGCACGAGUGCAGAUGGAGCCAUUUUGUGUUGGAAGUUCCCUCAUGUCGCAUCUGCCUGA